AUGAAUUAAAAUACUCAUACUUAUGAAGAGAGUCCAUCUUUUUAGGAUUCUUUUAUAGAUUAACAAUAAUAAAUUAAGAGUAAUUUAUCUCUUCAUACAUUGCAACCAAACGAUACUUUUCAUGCUGAAUACUAAACUCAGAAUCCUCCCUCUUUUCAGGAAAAGAAUCUAUUUAUUAACUAGUUAAAUACCAAUGAAUACAGUCAUGAUAACUUUGAAGUUGAUUAAGUAACAGGAGAGUAAGACUAUUUAAAUGAUGGUGAAAAUAACACUAGAAAUUAUACUAUAAAUUACAAUCAUGUAGAAAAUAAUUAAGAUGAAGAUGAUGAAAUAUACGCUGAUUACUUGCCUGAAAAUUUCUUUGAGCAAUUAAAACCGAACCCAAGCUAAUUUACAAUGAAUUUUAAUUAGAACACUAAAAAAAAGGAAGAAAGAAAAUCCAUAAAUAAUCGUUCAACUUCUCUUAAAAAAAGAAUAGAAUAAAAAAAUGAUGAGAUGUUAUACACUAGAGCCGCCAAGUAGUAAAUAUGCCAAAACCUCGUUUAGCAAUAGAUUGAUAAAGAAAUCAAAUACAUGUCUAAUGCAAAAAAAAUGAGCCAAAAUAGCUAUAGAAUAGUGGCAAAAAAAUUAGAAAAUGUAAUAUCUUCAAAAAUGGCAGAAAUUGACCCCUCUUUGAGUAAAAUAUUGACAUUUUCUCAAGUAGGCAGAUUAUUCUAGCUGCUUGAUUUAUUCACUGUAGUUAAAUUUGAUGAAAACUCAUAAAUCAUCAUCGAAUAAAAUAUAGAUCCUCAUAAAAAACUUAGAUUUGCCCAAGAAACAAUGUUUCACCAAUAAUUUUGGUUUUUUGUUGUGAAUUAUAUCAAUAAAGAGACUGUAUUGGGAGAAAUAGUUUUUUCUACUCUGAGAAUAUUGAUGGAUCCAAUGCAAUUAACGAUUAAAGAAACUAAAGAUUUCUUAGCUUAGUAUAUGGGUAGGACACUUACAUAUUUAGAAGAAGAUAGAAAAGCUGCUUAAGAGAGAACAUAAGGAUUUUAGCUCUGGAGCGUUGACGAAAUUAUCAAGGCAUUUCGCUAGAUUAAUGAAUAAAGAAUUUUAAGGGAAAAGUCUUAAAACAUAAAUAAUAUUAAUAAUGUAAAUAAAAAUAAAGCAAGCAAUAAAGAUUUAGAUAAAAAUAUUUAUACUUUCAAACCAACAAUUGAUAAAAACUCUUAAUUAAUUGAUGAAAUGCAUAGGAAAAAAUUUGCUAUGGCAUCUAGUGGACUAAAUAUCACUCCUAUUAGACAUUCAAAUGCAACACAAAACACAAAGAGUAUACAAAGUACUAAUAAACUUAUAAAUUUACUCUAAUCUUCCUAAAGUAACUAGAAUCUGCAUUCUUAAGCUAGUAUUUUACUCUAACAGUAAAUGAAUUAAACUCUGAUCAAUAAUUAAAGCAAUACAAAUAAUUUGAAUCACAACAGCAGCUCUUUGAGUUUUUUAAAUAAUACAAAUAAUUAAGUUAAUUAACACCCUAACAUGAAUUACAACGAAAAUAAUUCUACAACUACUAAUGCUACAAGUGACUAUAGAAGCACUACUAUGAAUACUGAUGUGGCUAAUAAUAGCUCUGAAAAUUCAUAAAGAAACAGUGAUAAAUUUCUUUCUUAAAAAGUUAAAUCUCUACUUUCUCAGCAUUAGCAUCCUUCUAGAACGAAUUUAAAUACAAACAAUUAAAAUUUUAACACUUUGUAGCACAAUAGUCAUAAUAAUAACAACCAAAAUGGCUAAAUUGGAAUGAGUGAAUAUGAUCAUGAAGAUCCUUAGAGCUACUUCUCAAAAAUUAAAAGAUGUGCUACAUUAAGCAGUUUCUAAAUUCCAGAGGAAGAUUAUAUAGAAGAUAUUAGCCACAUUCCUUCAAAUAAUUUUGAAAAACCAAUAGAUAGAGUCAACAUGAUGCUAUAGAAGUAGCAGCAAACCUAGAGAAAAAUCAGUUAAAAAAAGGAACAAAUAAUUUAGGAACAAAUGAAGGAAUGUACUUUUAAACCAUAACUUCAAAGAAGUGUUUCUCCUUAAUACUCUGCAUAUUCUAGAAAUCAAAAAGAAUUAUUACAAAGACAGUAGCAUGAUAUAAACAAAAGAUAGUAAGCAGCAGAAUAAAGAAAUAGAUAAAAGUAAGAAUAUGAAGAAAAACUAUUAAAUGAAUGUACAUUCUAACCUUCGUUAUCUCCUUCUUAAAGGCUCAUUAACAAAACAAGUAAAUCACCAGUUUCACCUAAAGGGUUUGAAUAAACUGUUCAUAGAAUGAGAGCUGCUUAGGAUAUUUAGCGUUAAAGCAGAAAAGCUUUUGAUUAAGGAUCAUAUAGCUCGAAUGCCUAAAUAGUAAGAAAUUCUGUUGUUAGAAAUUCAUUAAGUCCAAAUGUUGAAAUUAAUAAAUAAAUUUAGAUAUAAUAAAGCUUUUAGAAGCAAAAUCCUUCUUAAUAGCAAGAACAAUACUUAUAAUAAGUAAAUUAACAAAAAUAAAUUUAAUAAGAUUUUUCAGAAGAUUUAGAAGGAGAUAUGCUACAAUAAUAACCAUAAUAAGAAAAAUAAUAAUUUUACUAGAUAUAUGAAAACUAAAAUUAAAGUGCAAAUCAAAUGCAUUAAUAAAAAUAAAGCAUAGUUGAAAAAGAAAACGAACAAAGAUUAGAUUUAGAAAACUAAUUCAUUAAUGACUAAUAAAGUUUUGUAGAGAAAAUAACAAAUAAAUAAAAACCUAAUUUUUAAGAUUAAACAUUUGGAGAUUCAUAAAAGAAAAACCAAUAAUUAGAAAUUUAUUAAAAACCAAAAGCUAAGCCAUUUUUUGUGCUAGAUAUUAUUACACCAAAAGGAGAGAAAGCAGCUUUAGAACUAUUUAAGGAUGAUGAUAUUUACCAAAAAGCUGAAGUAUUCUCUUAACAAUAUUAAUUAGACGAAAUUACAUAAAGUAAAAUAGAAUAGAUCCUAGAUUAGCAAAUGCAAAAAUAUCUCUUAAAAAAAUAAAACACUGUAAAAAAUAAUUGA